CCCAGAAGGGCAAUGGGCUCAGAGCUGGGCUUUGUCCUUGCCCCUGCUCUGACAUCACAGUGCCACAGGUAUGACCUCACACUCCGUUGCCAGGGAGACACAGGAGAAGCAGCUGAGCCGGGCAGGGUAGGUGGUGGUCUUCUCGUCCCCAUGCUCAGCUGUACCACGUCCUCUGUCUCUAUAGCCGCUGGGCAGCCUGGCCCCCGAAGAUCCAGCCCUCCCUCCACCAUGGGGCGCCUCCCUCUGGGCGGUGUCUCACCCUAUGUGAGGACCAGCGCUGGUGGGAGCGUGGACCCUCUGAAGUUCUACGCCACCAGCUACGGCACGGCUUACGGGCAGGAGAGAUUCCAUCCUCGCGUUGGCUACCACUCAGGAGCUGGGUACAAGUCCAAUUACCGUCCUGUUGUCUCUUACAAGGCCAGCCUGGAUCAAGUGGAUAAUCCAGCUGUGGGACAGCUCCUUCAAGAUAACUAUGACACAGUGACCACCAAGCACUUCCAGCCCCUCCAGCUUCCCGAUGGCAAGUACCCCCUGCCCUGGAGCAUCUACCAGCCGGGGAGCGGGUUUGUUCGAGACAAGCCCAUUUCCUUCCCCACCACCAAAGCCGUUAAGAAAGUCCACUUCGAUACACGGGACCAGGGGCCGCGAGCCAUCACAGGGCUGGAGCCCAGACAACUCCCUGUCCUGCACAAGCCACAGGGGAAAGGCUCCGUCGAGGGGGAGAACGCCAGACACGGCCCUCUGUACAUGUCCACAGAGUAUAACUCCAAGUUCCGCUUCGACAUUCCCGGCCAGCCAGAUUUCUUACAGAGGAAGACAAUAGGAGCCAAGGAGGAGACGGGAUUCACUGAGGGCACCCAGCAGAACCCCAUUGCAAUCCUGCCACCUCCUCCGGGAGAGCCAAGGAGCCAGCCUGGCAUCAGCAUCACCAAGACGGACUUCCUGCCCAGCGCUCUCCCCCAUGGCGAUGAGUUCCUGCCCGUGCUGUCGAAGGGCUCUGAGCGAGAGACGGGAUUCAGCCGGGACAAAGACAACGGCCUCAGUGCCAUGGGCCCGCCACAUGCAGCACCCCAGCCUGGGGUCGAGGGGUCAGGGCCCCUGAGCCACACUCAGUUCCGAGGGCUCCAGAGGCCCCUGCAGACCCAGACCACCCUGCUGGGCCGGGAGUACGUGGGGAACAAGGAACUCUCCGGAUUCAGCAUCAACAACAAGAAAUAUGUGACGCCCCGCUACGACCCAGACUUGCCCAACAAGUACCUGAGCAGCUACAACUCCAAGUUUUAUGACAACACCCUCAAGGGCGUGGACCGUGAAGGAUGGACCCGUGGAGGAAUCCAGCCCCAAGAGCCGGGCGGCUUCGCCACUAACAACCACGUCACUGGACUGGGCAGCAACCCCAAUGCCACAGAGACUCUGAGACGGGUCCACCCCCAUGUUGGCAGGACGAUCACAACGGUGGACCCGUUCUAUCGCGACACUCCUCAUGACAACCGCUUCUCUGCUCUCUACCAAACCGCCGUACCUGAGUAGAUCUGUGCCUCCACCCCGCAGGAGCUGGUCUCCUCUGGCGAGGCAGGGACUCCAGGGCUGGUCUCCCCCAGCAAGGCAGAGGCUUCAGCAUCUCCCAAAAGACUUUACUUUUCCAAGGAUAUAAAGAGAAAUCAUCACCCAGUGAAGGCUCAUUGGUUCUCAGUGGCCUAGCUGCCAGCCCCCUUCUCCUUAGAUCUCAUAGACCUCUCCUCCUCUUCCCCAUGGCCCCCAUAAACUUCUCCUUCUCCUCUUCCCCAGGGACGCCAGCAUGCCCUUCCACUCCCAUCCCCUGCUGUUCUCACAGGGGAGCCCUCUGCUGUGAGAGCUGACCCCAGCUCUCACCCCACGCAUGGUGGCACCCAUGUGCUGCCAUGAGAGUCGGCAGUUCCAUUCUCCUGGCAUUUGGGCCCCAUCCCUCACGGUGCUGAGCAGUGGGAGAGGAGGGUGCCUGGCACCACGCAGGAUCAAGCCCUUUGACUCAAGACGGGAAGCUGGGCCCUGUGUGUGAAGCCGUGAAUGGAGUUAACCGUUAGACAUGUGCUGCAGCCACCUGGGCUACCCCAGCUCACCACAGGGUCUCUGCAGGGCCUGGCACCGUCCCUGCAGGGCCCUGGGGCUGUUAUCAGGGGGCCUAGGGCUGUUCUCGCGGGGCCUGGGGGACUUGUAGCUUUCACUGGCACCAGGGUUGCCUUGAUUUGGCCAUUAAAUCAUCGCCAUCAAUGGAACAAGGCUCAUUUACAGCAGUGGAGGAGCUGGUGAUUUGUUCUUCAAAUGUAGCCCUGUUGCUAAGGCCACCCAAGACCCAGCGGAGGCUGCUGAGCUCUGGAGACAGGGGACUGAACCUGCCCUGCAGCGGCACAUUCGGAUCCAGUAAGGCUAGGUCACGCUAUAAUGACCCCCUGCCUGCUCGGCAGAGUCUUCACUCAACGGCUGCUCUCCAGACUUAAAUCCAGGGCCUUGCACUGACUCCAGCUGAGUAACUCUGGGUUGCCUGGCAGGAUCCCCCUCUGCCUGGCUGUUUCUCUUUCCCAGCUCAAUCGCAGUGCUGCUUGUGAUGGUGGAGGCAGCUGUGUGGUGACGCUGCCUGGCUCAGGUGCCCCAGCAUGGCGGUAAUGCCAUCCCGCUCAUGCACGUGUGUUAGGAACCGACUGGCGAGCUUUCCCUUGUGCCCUGAAAGGAGCAGCGUUUGGCCCAGUGGCACU